CCCCCUCCAUCUAUCCCAAGCCCUUCGAGUCUGGUAUGGAUUUUAAAAAAAAAAUGGCGUGGGGGUCCCCCCAAAAUCCAUACCAAACCCUUGUCCGAUCAUGCAGCCUGGCAGGUCAGGAAAGGGGGGGCAAGCGAGUGCCCCCCCCUCCUGAACCAUACCAGGCCACAUGCCCUCAACAUGGGGGGGUGCUUUGGGGUAGGGGGAGCUCCCCCCCAAAGCACCUUGUCCCCAUGUUGAUGGGGACAAGGGGCUCUUCCCCACAACCCUGGGUUGUGGUUGUGGGGGUGUACGGGCUUAUCAGAAUCUGGAAGCCCCCUUUA